CUAUUUCCCUCAAUCUCCACUCUUGCUUUCCUUUCUUUCAUCUCUUCUUCUACUCAUAUUCAGUUUUCAGCGGCCAAUUGAUUCAUCAUGAAGAGCUUCACCAGACUUGCCCAGGCCACGCCCCGCGUCAAGACCUCACUCUCUGCUGGCCGACUUACGGCUGCUGGAAGCAUCCGAUGCGCCUCUAAUGCUUCCAGCGGAGAGGAGCUCAAGAAGACGCCUCUUUACGACUUCCACGUUGCCAAUGGCGCCAAGAUGGUGCCUUUUGCGGGAUACUCUAUGCCUGUGCAGUAUUCAUCCCUGUCUCUGGCGGACUCUCACCACUUUACACGGAACCACGCCUCCAUCUUCGAUGUCAGCCACAUGGUUCAGCACAUCUUCAAGGGCCCUGAUGCUGUGGCCUUUUUGGAGAAGGUUACUCCCUCGGCGUGGGGAAAUGUUGCCCCCAUGAGCGGCAAGCUGACUACUUUCCUGUGGCCUGGCACAGGAGGCAUUGUGGAUGACACGAUUGUGACCAGAAUCGGCGAGGAUGAGUUUUACGUGGUGACCAAUGGAGCAUGUCUCGAAAAGGACACCAAGUAUAUUGAUGAGCAGCUGGGCAAGUUUGGCGGCAACGUUCAGUGGACGAGGCUGGAUGGAUCAGGGCUGAUUGCCCUGCAGGGUCCUCAGGCUGCUGAAAUUCUGAGCGAGGUUCUUGCUACUGAUGUCAACCUGAAGGAGUUUUACUUUGGAAACACUGUCAAGGCGGAGCUCAAGCUUGCGGAUGGCAGCAAGACUCACCCUGUCCUGAUUAGCCGUGGUGGCUAUACCGGAGAGGACGGUUUCGAGAUUUCUUUCAACGGCAAGCUGUACCCUGCUUUGGAGAGCACUGUCAAGGCCGUUGAGUCUCUCAUGAAGACUGGUGGCCCUGAGCGUCUGCAGAUGGCUGGUCUGGGAGCCCGUGAUUCGCUUCGUCUCGAGGCGGGCAUGUGCCUUUACGGCCACGAUCUGGAUGACACUACUACCCCCGUUGAAGCUGGUCUCAGCUGGAUCAUCUCUCCGGAGCGCCGCAAGGCAGGCGGAUUCCAUGGCGCGGAAGUUAUUCUCCCUCAGCUUACACCAAAGUCCAAGGGCGGCUCUGGUGUUAACAGACGACGAGUUGGCUUUGUCGUCCAGGGAGCGCCUGCUCGAGAGGGCGCGGAGAUUCAGAAGGAUGGAGAGACUAUUGGUACGAUUACCAGUGGUGUGCCUUCCCCGACGCUCGGAAAGAAUAUUGCCAUGGGAUACAUCAAGGAUGGCCAGCACAAGUCUGGCACAGAGGUGGAUAUUGUUGUGCGAGGCCGUAAGAGGGCUGGUGUUGUGACCAAGAUGCCGUUUACUCCUGCCAAGUACUGGAAGGCUCCUGCUUAAGCUAGUGGUUUCUUUUGUUGUGUGUGGUUUCGUUUUGUUCUAUGGGUAUGGUGUAUUUUCGGAGCGGUUCAUUUCGGGCUGGAUUACUUAACGUUUGUGCAUUGGGAGAAGGGAUAUGGAAACUUCAACGUGUUUCAUGGUCGGAUCUAUAAAAAAGAAAGUAAAGACAUCAUUUUAGGGAGAGAAAAAAAAAUACCAGACACUGAACUUUUCAUAUCUGAUACUGGAUUUUUGUUAAAUCUGGUGGGUAAUAUUGUAAGAUUAUGAAGAACACAUUUCCUUUUUA